CUUUUUACAAUGAGAAAAAAAUGUAUAAUUGUAGUGUUGAAUAAUACAUCGGUAUGUGAGUUGGCCAUAUGGUCUGCGUGGACAGAUUGCAGUGUUUCAUGUGGAAAUGGUACACAAUAUAGACAGAGACAACAGAAUGGAACAUUACAGGAAUGUAAUCAUAAAGCUGAGAAUGAUACAAGAACAUGCACUAAUAACUAUUGCCAAGGAGAAGCACGUGUCAGUAGUCCGUGUUUAAAUGGAGGAACUUGUAUAACAGCCGGAUGUACACAUUCCUGUAUAUGCCCAGAAGGUUUCGCGGGGUUAAUAUGCGAAGUCACACCAUGCUCCAGUUCACCUUGUUUGAAUGGGGGAACAUGCAAACCAGCUGAAAGUAGUUAUAAGUGUUUUUGUCCAACAGGAUAUUCUGGAAACCAAUGUCAAGUCACACCAUGCUCCAGUUCACCUUGUUUGAAUGGGGGAACAUGCAAACCAGCUGGAAGUAGUUAUAAGUGUUCAUGUCCAACUGGAUAUUCUGGAAACCAAUGUCAAGUUUCACCAUGCCACAGUUCACCUUGUUGGAAUAGGGGAACAUGCUCACCAACUAGAAGUAGUUUCGUGUGUUCCUGUCCAAUUGGAUACUUUGGAAAACAAUGUCAAGCCACACCAUGCUACAAUUCACCGUGUCUGCAUGGGGGAACAUGCACACCAAGUGGAGGCACUUUUGUUUGUUCCUGUCAAACUGGAUACGUGGGAAACCAAUGUCAAAUUAAACCCUCUUGUUCGUAUGGUUGGAAGAUGCAUAACAACAACUGUUAUUACUUUAGUGGUACCAGCACAUCUUGGAUAGCUGCCAAGAGAGCUUGCUAUCGGUAUAAUAGUAUGCUUGCAGAAGCAACAACAAGUAGUGAGAUAAGGUUUCUUAAGACAAAUGCAGAAAGGGAUGGAAAAACUUUUUGGCUUGGUGGAUCAGAUCUGGUUAGAGAAGGUGCAUGGGUGUGGACAACAAGUGGACAGAGAUUUACAGUAACGGAUUGGCAUAGACGUACUAUACAUGAACCAAACAAUCAAAAUGGAAACGAACAUUGUUUGAAUAUUAAUGAAAGAUUGGACUAUGAAUGGAAUGAUGGACAAUGUUCAGAAAGUAAUAACUACAUAUGCAAAAAACCAUUGAUGUGAGUUAUAUGAAAGAAAGAACACACAACGAGUUGAAUUGUUUAAAUUAGUUAUAAAUAUUACUGUAAAUAACAGAUGGGAAGUUAUAUUGUUACUUUCUCUUUGCUCUUAUCUCUAACAUGCUACAUAUGCUCGAUAUGUAUAUAUAAAACUGUUUCAUAAAGCUACUCAUAUCCAGCCUUACUUCUAGACAAGAAUAAACCUCCAAGAACCAUGUUUUAUGGAAACUAUACAUAUUUGUAUUGUUGUAGUUGGUAAAUCGAUACUCCAACUUAAUCGUUCUGUGAAGGUUUUUUAGACUCCUGUAAACAGGAUCUUUUUAGCAACAUGAAGCACUUAAAUAUCAACCCGAUUUAUUGGUUGUAUUCGUGUUCCUUAGACCAUGUAGACUGUAUGUAGUGUUUUGUGAAAUUUUGCAUUAUCGUCGUUCGUUUUUCCCGUGGUGUUGUCAGAUUGUUUUCGACCUACUAGUUUUGAAUGUUCUCCUGGUAUCUUUUCUCACUUUUUUAGCAUCAGACUUUAAGGACUAAAAGAGAAGCGAAAGAUAAAAAAGGGACAUUCAAACUCAUAAGUCGAAAAUAAACGGAAAACUCCAUGGCUAAAAAAGAAAAAGACAAACAGACAAACAAUAGUACACAAAACACAACAUAGAAAACUAAAGACUAACAACACGAACCCCACCAAAAACUGGGGGCGAUCCCAGGUGCUCCGGAAGGGUAAGCAGAUCCUUGAUUUGAGUUUCCAUUAAGAUGAUUUGUAUUACUUAUGUACAUUGACAUGCUUUAGAUACCAUUAAAUAAAUGUAUCUGAAAAUAACUGAUGUGAAAUUCUUGAUAAAUAAAA